AUGUACACCGUGCCGCUGGAAACCUUUAUCAACAUGACCGAGAUCCGGACGCAGGAAGACCUGAAGGAUGAAGGCAUUCUCGUGAAUUUCGACGAGAGCCAGGGUCAGGCAAUGUUCGUUUCGCAUCAGUGGGCUGGGAUUGGACACCCUGACCCACAGUUUGAGCAGAUUCGGGUUCUGCAAGAAGCUCUCAAAAAUUUCGUAGAAUCUGUCACCACUUCCAUCUCCCCUGGAAUCGUCAUCGAGCUUUACGUGGGCCAAUCUGCUGCGAAGGUUUCGGAGAUCGUUUCGCAGAAGCUUUUCCUCUGGUAUGACUACUUUUGCUGCCCUCAAGGUCUAACAGACGCGGAACAUCGCGCCGCAGCUAUACAGAGUAUUCCAUCCUACGUGGAGAGAUGUCGCUUUUUUGUGAUUCUUUGCCCGCCCAUUCGUCAUACACAGUUGGGCACUCUGCUCAGCAAGUCAACGUGGUCAUCGAGGGGGUGGUGCCGCUUGGAGCUCGUGGUAAGACACCUGAGCAAGCGAGCCAGCAUCGCCAUCGAAGUGCAAAGUGCUCAGCGGCAGAUCUUGGCAUCCAUGUACGACUGGGUGGUCAAGCCUGUGGGUGAAGGUCUGUUUACUGUCAAGGAGGAUGCUCAGAACGUUCGGCAAGUCCUGAAGAGCCUUGUCAGGGAGAAGUUGCUCGGGUACCUGUCGGCUGGUAUGCUGCACAACUAUCGCACAAUCCUGAACUUGCAGAGCGUGAUUUUCAGAAACUUGGACAUGGAUCCAAUUGUGGAUAUAGUGCCGGGCUUUUCCUCGAAUUCAUCGGAUCCCUGUGUGUUCUUCAGGGAAGAGUUCAUGUAUCAGAAUGGCUUCACCAGUAUGGCACGUGACUCGACUGGGUGGACUCCUCUUUGCUAUGCAGCCUUAGCUGGCAGUCCCCUGCUGAUUUGUGCUCUGCUGGAGGGACGUGCCGAUGUGAAUGACAAGCUCAAGUUGCGGGGAGAACAGCUGGUGAACCUGGGCCACAACACCUCUGUGCUGUCAAUCUGCGCCUUCCUGAAGCACAACGAGGCCAUGAAGGUUCUCCUUGCUGCCCGAGCCGACGUCGGUGUCAAGGACAGCUAUGGAGGCACCGCGAUGCACAGGGCGUCGAGUGGCAACAAUCAAGAAGGUAUUCAACUCCUGCUUGCACACGGUGCAAGUGCGACGGUGCCGGCAAUGACGGGCCAUUUGCCAUUUCUGUUCACGAUACAUGGAGGGCCAGGUGGAAUGGCCGUUCUCAAGGAGUUGCUGCCGUUCACCCCUCAGCCUGACAUCGCGCACUGCUUGAACGCAGUCUUCUUGCUCGGUGGUGGCGACCCUGCGGUUGUGGCGACCUUGAUCGCAGCAGGCGCCGACGUAAACUCGCAGAAGCACAAGCAACAUACGAUCUUAGAUGUACUGAUGAAGUACUACAAGAUGCGGCACAUGUGGAGAACAUCCACUUUGAGCGCAUAUGCGUACCACUGUCACGGGGCGACUCCUUUGAUGCUUAGCAUCAUCACCUGUUCCUUCGAAGCUGCAGCAGUCCUGAUCGCUUCGGGCGCGCGGACCGAUCAGAUUAACAGCCAGGGGUGCAGAGCCAUAGACUUCGCCAGACAAGUGAGUGCUCCUGCUUACAUUCAUGAGGGCCUGCAAGGGAAUCCAGCAGCGUGUGAAGCUGUCGUAGAAGAGCACAGUGACCAGUUUUGGCUCAGCCUUUAG